AAGGACGCGCCGAGCGCCGGAUUUCGGCCCCCGGCGGGGGAUAGAAAUAACGUGGCGCCGUUUUAGACGCUGCGGGGAGUGCACGGCCCCUCCCUCACUCUCCGGCCCAGUUUCAGCGAUCUCCACAGAAGCCUCUGAGGCCACCCCCAGAGAACGUCAGGAUGGCCGAGGAAAAGAGUGAAAAACUAGUGAUGGAAGAAACUGCAUUUGAAGAAAUGGAAAGGGAUUUUCAGGAGGUUCUCAAUGAACUUUCAGGAGACAAAAGUCUGGAGAAAUUUAGGGUUGAAUAUGAAAAGCUUCAUGCUGUCAUGAAAAAGUCUUAUGACAAUGAAAAGCGUCUGAUGGCCAAAUGCAGAGAGUUAAAUGCGGAGAUUGUCGUUAAUUCUGCGAAGGUUGCCACUGCCCUGAAGCUCUCUCAAGAUGACCAGACCACCAUUGCCUCCCUAAAGAAGGAAAUCGAAAAGGCCUGGAAGAUGGUGGACUCAGCCUAUGAUAAAGAGCAGAAGGCAAAGGAGACGAUUCUUGCCCUGAAAGAGGAGAUAGUGAACCUCACCAGACUAGUUGAGCAAGGGUCUGGACUGUCAAUGGACCAUGACAGCAAUAUCCGAGAUUUGCUGAAGUUCAAAGAAGAAGUGACAAAGGAGCGAGACCAGCUUUUGUCAGAAGUGGUGAAAUUACGGGAGUCCUUGGCUCAGAACACGGAACAGCAGCAGGAGAUGGAGCGAGCCAGAGAAGAGGCAGAGCAGACCAUCAGCCAGUUCCAACAAGAAAUCCAGCAACGUCAGAAUGAGGCUUCACGGGAGUCCCGGAAGAAGGAAAAAUUAGAGAAAGAGCUCAGGCAGAUUCAGACAGACAUGGACAGCAGGCAGACGGAAAUCAGGGCCCUGCAGCAGUACGUGCAGAAGAGCAAGGAGGAGCUUCAGAGGCUGGAGCAGCAGCUGAAGGAGCAGAAGAUAUUGAAUGAGAGAGCUGCAAAGGAGCUGGAGCAGUUUCAAAUGAGAAAUUCUAAACUUCAGCAAGAGAACGAACAACACAGUUUGGUUUGUGAGCAGCUAUCCCAGGAAAACCAGCAGAAGGCGUUGGAGCUCAAAGCCAAAGAGGAAGAAGUCCAUCAGAUGCGCCUCGACAUCGGGAAGCUCAACAAAAUCAGAGAACAAAUACAUAAGAAAUUGCACCAGAUUGAGGAUCAGAAGGCAGAAGUGGAACAGCACAAGGAAACUCUAAAAAAUCAGAUCUUGGGGUUAGAGAGAGAGGUGGAGACUUCAAAGAAACAGGCGGAACUUGAUAAGAAAGCAAUGGAUGAGCUUCUGCGAGAAAGGGACAUAUUAAAUAAGAAUAUGCUUAAGGCGGUCAACGCGACCCAGAAACAGAUAGACCUGGUAAAGCUCCAUGAACAAGCCAAGAGGAACCUGGAGGAAGAGAUCCAGAACUACAGGGAUGAGGCUCAGAAGCAGAGGAAGAUCAUCUUUCAGCUGGAGAAGGAUCGAGAUCGGUACAUCAACGAAGCCAGCGACCUCACCCAGAAGGUCCUCCUGAACAUGGAAGACAUAAAAGUCCGUGAAAUGCAGAUUUUUGACUACAGGAAAAAAAUCGCCGAAUCGGAGACUAAAUUAAAACAGCAACAGAACCUGUAUGAAGCUGUCAGGUCAGACAGGAAUCUGUACAGCAAAAAUCUGGUUGAGGCUCAGGAUGAAGUGACAGAAAUGAAGAGAAAAUUAAAGAUUAUGACCCAUCAGGUAGAUCAGCUGAAAGAAGAGAUCUCUGCCAAAGAGUCGGCACUUGUGAAGCUGCAUCUGGAACAGCAGCGCAUAGAAAAGGAGAAGGAAACCUUGAAGGCCGAGCUGCAGAAGCUGAGACAACAAGCCCUGGAGACCAAACACUUCAUUGAAAAGCAGGAAGCUGAAGAGAGAAAACUCCUGCGAAUCAUUGCUGAGGCUGAUGGGGAGAGGGUGAGACAGAAGAAGGAGUUAGACCAGGUCAUCAGCGAGAGAGAUAUCUUGGGGUCACAGCUUGUUCGGCGCAAUGAUGAGUUGGCUUUGCUCUAUGAGAAGAUCAAGAUCCAACAAUCUGUGCUGAAUAAAGGCGAGAGCCAGUACAACCAGAGGUUGGAGGACAUGAGAAUCCUCAAACUUGAGAUCAAGAAGCUUCGCCGGGAAAAGGGGAUUCUUGCCAGGAGUGUGGCUAAUGUUGACGAACUCAGACAGGAGCUUUUCCACAUGCAAAGAGACUUCUUGAAGGAGAGGACGCGAUGCCGGGCCCUGGAGGAGGAACUGGAGAACCCCAUGAACGUGCACAGGUGGAGGAAGCUCGAGGCCAGUGACCCCAGUACCUUUGAGCUGAUACAGAAAAUUCACACCCUGCAGAAGCAUCUCAUCAGCAAGACGGAAGAGGUGGUUGAAAAAGAGCUGCUCCUUCAGGAAAAGGAGAAGCUGUAUGUGGAACUAAAGCACAUCCUGGCCCGGCAGCCUGGGCCGGAGGCGGCAGAGCAGCUGCAGAUCUACCGCCACACACUGCGGGAGAAGACCAAGCAGCUUAAAGUUUUGUCUUCAGAAUUGAAUAUGUAUGAAUCACAGAGCCAAGAAUAUAAGUAUGAGAUUGAGAAACUUACCAAUGAACUGCUGGAGUUAAAGAAGAAAUACCUCGCUCAGAAACGCAGAGAACACAUUCAGAAAAACAAGGACAGAAUAUCCAUGGAUAACACCUUCCCGGUGGUCAAACCAACUGGCUCUCGUUUUACUGGGGGUGGAUUUCCCCUCAACAAGUCACCCAAGGACCAAGGUUUCCAACGAGAGGAGCGGAAGACUUAAUGAUCCCAAGAUGCUUGUUCAGAUUCUACAAAGAUGUGGGGUUUUAGAGGGAUUUGCUGCAUAUUCUGCUGGCCCUCUUGGUUCACCACCAGCAGCCAAGCCAAGACAAUGAUGGCCAUGAAAGUGAUUUAUUAUGAAGUGAUUCCAGGAAAUCCAGUAAGAGUGGAGAAGUGGGAUAGGGAAAGGAAGGAGAUGAAGCUAGGGUGCGAUAUCAAGUCAAGUUUCAUGGUAGGAUACUCUGGCGGAUCUUGCACGGGGCUCUGGAGACAAUGUAAUCAUGUCUCAGAGUCGUCCCAGUCAGGAGUGAGGGAGCUGAGGUAUUUAUAUCACUCAUACCCUUAGUCGUUGGCCAAGAACUGCUCUGGAAGGAUCCUUCUGGUUCUCUCUACCUGGGAGCAAAGCAGGGUCUGGCAGGUGGGGGUGGCCCUUGGACAGAGAACGCAGGUGCUGACUGUUGGGAGUGAAAGUGGUUAAGGGCUCAGGGCAAAUGGGUCAGGCAGUGUCAUCCUCUGCUGCUUCUCCCAGUGGUCCCAGCAGGAGAACUACAGAUGGAAAUCAACCUCCAGCAUAGCUGGUAACCGUGUGGUGAGGUGUCAUCAUCAGCUCUUGGUGUACCAUGCAGGGAUGUGGAGGAUGGGUAUAUACCCUAGAGGAUUUGCUAAGAGCACUUUAAACCUAAAGAAUCACAGUGGGGCCAUUUCCAUUUUUGAAAAUCACUGAUGAUAUCUUCCCUCAGAACCAACAAUAUUCUGUUUAGACGAAGACUCCUGCAGGUAAGGCAAGGCAGUUAUGAUGCGUAUGUAACACUGGAGAUUUCCCAGUCCGUUCAGGGACACUUUGCAGUAUAGCUGUGGCCAACUUCCUUCUGAGUCCUUGGGCGGCUUUGUAAGAGGUUCACUUCUCUAGAGAAAUAGGGCCUGUGACUCUUGAUCUAUCCCAGUAUGGAGACAGAUGCUGGGUUCAAAUCCUGGCUCUUUGUAACAGUGAGUUGUUUUGAGGAUUAAAUGAGUUAGUGCAUGUAAGCCUAGAAUAAUGUCAGGCACAUAGUAAUUCUUAAUACAUAUCUGCCAUUAUUAUUAUUGCAUAAGGUACCUAAUGUUUUGAAAUUACAGAAUAAAAGUUGUUACAUAAUACUUUAUUAUAUCAACUAUAAUGGUGAUUCUAUUCCCCAUUUAGAAGGUGAAUGACACUAAAAUAUCCAGAUGAAGCUGGAUUUGGUAAUGUAAUUUAUAGUUGAAUAUCUUGUAAAAAUGCCACAUUGGGUGCCUCAUGAAAACUUCUAUAUACUUUUCUUAUAAUUGCCAUCUGGGGACAGAUCCUUCAUCUUUGGAAGUCAGAGCUUCCAGAGAGAAAGAUGCUAGUGGCCUCGAGCUGCUAUCAUUUUCUUAUUUCUCUGCACAUAACGGAGCAGGGUGCUCUGCUGGUGACGGAGGUCCCAGGAGCCAAGAUGGUGUGGGCUCUGGGAGCUGACUGGCGGCUCUAUAGGCUCAAUGUCCUUCUGUUCAAAUGCAGGAGGAGUGAGUUAAGGCUAGAAAGGGUGGAAGGUACUGCCCUCGCCUCUCGUUUACGGCGCAUCCUGACGGUCCAAGGUAUUAUUAGCAAUCACUGUUUAGGUACAGGUGUUAACGCCAUUGCCACAGUCCAAAAAUGAGCUGUUAAAAACACUGAGACUUGCAAAUCAUUAAAGAUAACUGUGAACUCACCGUGGGCUGAAAUGCUUUUAAAAUCACAAAUUUGAGCUGCAUUGUAAAGCAACAUUAGGAGAUUGUAUAGUAGCAUCAUUUUACCCUGGGGUUUCAGAGUUUCAGAAAGGAGUCAUGUUGUUAAACCAGCCAUUGACUCUCAACUGGACUGAUGGGGAGCCGGUAUGGUUUCUCUAUUGAUAGAGAGAAACGUGAUAAAGGAGAUUCCCUGGUCAUUAUUUGCUGAUCAGAGCUUCUCAGUGACUGCUCUUAUAGCCAGGUUUUCAUUGUGCUUACCUCUGGGGAAAUUGCUCAGAGCAAAGAUUGGUUGCUGUGAUAAGCCAUAGAGAUGGAGGUAAUCAUGCUAAGAGAAGAUGGCCACAACUCUCCUUGUCAUAGGCUGUAAUUUUGCUGUUAAAUUUUAUUCAGUGUUGAUAAUUAUAGUUUGAUUUCCUGAUUUGCUCAGCCAGAUUUUAAAGUUUGACCUAGGCCAAAAUACCCAUUGGAAAAUGAAUUUUGAGCAGGAUGGCAUUUCAGAGACUGGACAAUUUGAGGAAAGAUACUAGCUUUCUCUUAAAUGUAAUCAAUUAUAUGGAAAUCUACUUGGAACAGGAGCAAAAGGAGGGCAUUUUUAAAUAUUAAAAUGGUAAAAUAGUUAAAAAAUAUAUCUCACUAUUUUCUUUGUAGUAGAUAGGAAAUAUUUUUAUGGCAUUGUUCAUUUUUAACUUCUAAUUCAAUGCUGUUUUAGUACACCAUUUCUCAUAUCUAUUAUUUAAAAUUUCCAUUAGGGUUUUGAGGCCCAUUAGAAUUUUAUAACUAUGUAAGGUGAUAUCAAUAGGGUACCAUUUUUCUUUUCUAUAUUUAAAAAUAAAUUUCUUUUCCUUAUUUUAAAGUACCUGAUUGAAAAUACGUAUAGAAAAUUAGAAAAUAUGGAUAAGCGAAAAGAAGAAAAAGGACAUCAAUAAUCCCACCAUCUAUUGAUAACUGUUGUUUUCCUGGGCUAACGCUCUUCUCAUUCACAUGGCUUGGCUGUGCCGAUCGUUCAUGCCCAGUGUUUGUUCUGAUUGGUGCUUAUAAUUCCCAGUUGGUAAAAAUUUUAAUAUCACCUAUGAAAUACUACUGUUUCUUUCUUUUUUUUUUUAAAGAUUUUAUUUUUUUCCUUUUU